GCGAAAGUGGUGGUUUCCGCCUGAAAUUUCCGGAAGUUCUCAGCCACUUCCGAAAUUUCUGGGCGGAAGUGGUGGUUUCCAGAAUUUUUAUUUUUUUAUUAUUUUUUUAUUUUUUCCCUCGGUUUCGUUGAUUUCUUGCAUUAUUUUUUUAAAAAAAAAAUAUUUUAAAAAUAUUUCUUUCCUUGAUUUGUGGCAUUAAAAUAAUUUUUUUCUUGAUUUAGUCUUGCAAUAAUUAUUGUUAUGUAUUUUUUCUUGAUUUAGUUUUGCAAUAAUUAUUGUUUUGCAAUAUUUCUUUCCAUGUGUUUUAGUUUUGCAAGUAUCCUUGAUUUACAUUUUAAUAAGCUUGUUACUGUUAUGUAUUGUUAUUGUUAUGUAAUUUUUAUUUGGUUUGUAUUGGUAUUUGUUAUGUAUUAUGGUUGGUGACUUAAAUUGUUGUUAUUGUUAUUGUUACAUUUUAAUUGUGGCAUUGUUUUUGUUGUAUUUUAUGAUUUUUCUUUGUAAUUCAUGAUUUUGCAUCUUCAUAUUUGCAAUAAUAAGUCUGUUAUUGUUAUGUAUUGUGUUUAUUGUUAUGUAAAAUUUAUUUGGUUUGUAUUGGUAUUUGUUAUUGUUGUUAUGUAUUAUGGUUGGUGACUGAAAUUGUUGUUAUUAUUAUUGUUAUUGUUUUUUUAUUGGUUUGUGGUAUUGUCGUUGUUGCAUUUUAAUUUUGGCAAUUCUGUGGUUAAUUAUAGUUUUGAUUUGGUCUAUUAUUGUGUUGAAAUUAUUUGUAGUGUGUUAUUGGUGUGUUGUUAUUGUUAGUAGUAUAUUAGUAUUGUAAGAAUAAUAUUAUUGUUAUUGUUAGUAAUGUUGUUAUUAUUGUUUAUUUGAUUUGAUUUAUUAUAGUUUUGAUUUGAUAUUUUUGAAUUUGAGUUAUUAUUGAAAUAUGAUUCUGUACUUAUUUAUUUAAUGCAAAUUGAGGGUUCUGGUCCUCGUCAUGCAAGAUCAAGACGUUUGAAUGCGUCUGUUAGGAGGGAGUUAGGUGGUGCAGGAACUUCACAGGCACCGUUUCACCAUGAGCAUCAGUAUGAGACUGCUGGUACUUGGUCGGGGGAGCAUCAGUCACAGGGGAGCGCCUCCAUGUAUUCGUCUACUGGAGUGCCUUCAUCUGACGAUGAGGAUGAAGAGCGAGGAAGUCAAGCUGCUGGAGAUGCACAGUAUGACCCUCAGGAAUACCGUACAGUGUAUAGGGGUGACCAUGGGAGAUAUGUUAGUAGUAGUGAAACAGCUCAAGCUUCUACCAGCUCGUCAGAGUCAUGGGUGGUGCAGGAGCCGAUGACAGGUGGGCCUGAGGAUGGUACUGUUAUUCCUAGUUUUGGGGGUCACGUGGUUGCCUACAUAUGGGGUGGGCAGGAGCGAAAUGUUCUACGGUGUUUGAGCAGGACACAGUUGUGUACUGAAUUGGGUAACUGGCGCGCUCGUCUUCCGCAGGAGCACCUAGAACCGAUUGAUGGCAGUGGUCUAUCUCACUUACCCGAGAUCAUGUUCAGGCGAUUUGACUGGCCAUUGAUUUCUGCUUUUGUUGAGAGAUGGCAGCCAGACACGAACACGUUUCACAUGCCAUUUGGGGAGAUCACAAUCAUGCUGCAUGAUGUGUAUCAUAUUCUAGGGAUUCGUGUUGAUGGUUCCAUGGUUUCCACUACUCCUAGCACGGACGUUGUACGGGACGCGUGCUCGAUUACCUUGGAUAUGACUGAGGAAGAGCUGAAUGAGAAGUGCGGUACUAAAACCGUAUGGCAGGGUAGUGGGGUGCUGACUGAGAGGAUAAUAGAGUCGACCUUGGAGGCGCAGAGGCCCUUCAAUUUCCAUUACAGGGCGUACCUGUGGUUAGUACUUGGCGGUUGUUUGUUUUUGGACAAGAGUGGAAAUCGUACUCAUCCAUCCUUCCUCAACAAGCUUUUUGUUGAGGAUGUUCAGAUUAGUGAGUACUCCUGGGGUUCUGCUGUGCUAGCAUACAUGUACCAGCAGUUGGGUACAGCAUCACGAAAAGAUGCUGAUUCUAUCGCCGGCUGUCUUACGCUUCUGCAGGCAUGGAUCUACGAGUACUUUCCGUGUUUUCGGCCUUAGCAGGGGACCUUGACCAGAGAGCUUACUGUUCCUCGUGCGUUCGCCUGGGAUGUCGGAUCGGGAUGCCCCAACAAGAGCAUGGAGCGCCUUCUCGCUUUUCGUGCUAGGUUGGAACAUUUGACUGACAAUGAAGUUAACUGGCUACCGUACGGAUUUGAUCCAGCACGACGCGUGCCUGCUACUCUUUUCAUUGGCUGCAUCCAGUAUCGUAGCAUCAUUGAGCCAUAUAUGCCUGAUCGAGUGGUUCGACAACUUGGAUACGUCCAGGACAUUCCACAAGCCAUCAUCAGGCCUGAGAAGGCAAAGAGACCGACGAACUUGAAGAUGUAUCGAGUUGACUUUCCGACAGAGAUGACAUCUGUGAUGUGGACUCGGUUUGUCCCUGGUGUGUCUUUCAGUGUCGUGAUAGGUGCCCUCAGCAGACUUGGAGGUGGUGCUCCUACGGUCGGUCCUGGUUACAUGCAGUGGCUGUACCGAUUUUCUCAUCCACGUGUUUCUCCAGUUGCGUCAUCACAUGAGAGUCGCACACUGCCUGAGAGAACUAACACGGAUUACUGGAUGGGUCGGUCCAUGGAGGUCAUCAACAGGACACUGGAGGAGUAUCCGAGCCUAUCGCGUGAUACAAGAGCAAUGGCUAAGGCGCUACGAGCUGAUUGGAGGGCGAUGAUGGGGUUGUGAACUUGCUGUUUUUUAUUUUUAUUUGACUUGUACGCAUUUCGUUUAUAUACUAUUUAUUCGUCAUGUACUUUAAGGAUUGAACACUUGUUUUUGUGGUUUUGUUGAAACUUUGUUUAAUUAAGUUAAAUUCGUUACAAAUUACAUAACUACAACUGUUUAACAUAAAUGAAAGUACAAAAAUAUGUUCAUUAUCUAAUUAAGGCAUCCCACAUGUUCCUUCUAGCUGCGUAACGCUGAUCCCAACCGUCAACACUUGGGUCGUGGUUCUUAGUCCACCAACCUGCAAUCGGGGGAAGUGGCGAAUCUGGUGCAAGUUCAAUACAAAUAAAAUGUGAGCCCCCAACUGUAGCGAUGACAAACUCUCGCUCCGGUGCUGUGACCCCCCUUCUUGCCCGCAACGACAAUAUCGUGAGGCAUGGGUAGUAGCAGGUUGGUGUUUGGCCUACACCCAGAAUAAUAACCACUGUGUUGAACCAAGUCGCAAUAGGAAAUAAAUCUUGAAUUGCAGCCAUCCAAUGAUGGGAAUCAACCGCCCCACCGUCCCAUCGAAUACGCUCCACAUUGAUCUCAAGUCUUCCAAGCCUAUAAAUCUUCUCAUAUAGGGCUCGAUAACCGAGGACCUCAUUCGCUAUUGUUUCUCGAGCAUCAUACCAUCGACCUUGAUCACUGAAGAAGAACUCGGCCACACAACGAAACCCACAGUUACCAUCGCCAAUGACAUCC